AUGGACUCCAUCGUCCUACCGGGGGAAGCCCUCGGGAGCUCUGACGUGUAUGUCAGCGGCGAAAAUACGUACACCCUGCAGAAGGAGGUGAGGUCUGCCAUCCUGGGGAGAAGAGAGCUGGUGACGGAUAGUGAUGGAAAGCAAAUCAUUAGCGUAGCCAACACGAACGAUUUCAUCCCCCUCCCGCAAGUAGGAGACUUGGUGACUUGCAAAGUAUAUCGAGUAACCUUCAAUGUAAUAUAUUGCAACAUCAUUUUGCUAAACAAUAGACCAAUAAAAAAUUCAUUCAGAGCAUUCAUUAACAAGAGCGACAUCCAUGUGUACGAUGGAGAACUGGGGGAUAACUUUGAAUGCUUUAAACAGGGAGAUAUAAUCAGGGCGAAGGUUCUUUCGGUAGGGCAGCAUGGAUCAUACAAACUGUCCACCGUGGGGUCUGACUUGGGAGUCAUUUUGGCGCUCAGCGAAAAGGGUCAAAUUAUGAAGCCUGUGGCCUGGAACCUGAUGGUCAACUUGAGCGACAUGAGCUUCGAGAAGAGGAAGGUCUCCAGGGAAUUUUCCGUCCCGCUGUGA